AUGGCGCUGUCGAACUUGCUUUCGCCUCGAAAUCUGGAAUGGCUGAGUGCACUGUUGAAAUGGAAGCUAUUGGCACUCGCCGCGAUCCCGCUUGUCAUAGCCUAUUACCUACGAAAGACCAAAGCCAAGACUUUCGAUCUCAAGCAGUACUCGCACUUCCCACAGCCCGAGCCAGCAGAUCCUGUUCGAGGUCAUUGGGCAUGGGUUGAGAGAAUUGCGGGCGAGGGCGAUCCUCGACGUCAAUUCGAUGAGAUGUUGUACGAACAAGCCGAAAAGCUCGGAUUCCCUCCAGUUCUUUUUGUCGAUUUCCGCCCCAUCGAGAAGUUUCCGGUUCUGUUCAUCUUGGACAACGAUGUCGCGGAACAGGUCACCAAGCCGAACAAAGCUUUCAGGACUAGCAUGCCCAAGCACCCUUCCAUUCAGCAGUUAGCUCCCCUCGUUGGUGCAAGGUCUCUGGUCACCACCGACGGUGACGAGUGGACUUCUCUAUACAAACGAAUACGUCCUGGCUUCCAACCUAGCCAUCUUCUUGGUCUGGUUGAUGUGAUUCUGGACAAAUCUGAGACUUUCAUCGAGCUCAUGGAACAAAAGGCUGCCUCCGGCGACACCUUCACUCUCGGCCCAUACACAACAAACCUUGUCUUUGACAUCAUUGGCAUUGUCACGUUUGACAUGGAUCUCAAUGCGCAGAUCGAUGGAAAGCAGUCUGAGGUCCUCCUAACCUAUCGCGCCCUUUCUCAAGCGUUCAACAAACGGCCUUUUGGAGGAGUAGGUUGGCGCGACUACUUCUCUGCCAACGAGCGCGAGAUUCGGUCCAAAGACCAGAAACUUGACAGCAUCCUCAAAGCCGAGAUCAAGAAACAGCACAAGGCCCUACUUUCCGGCAACACCGACACCAAGACUAAGAAUAAGAGUGUAGCUACCCUUAGUCUCCAUGAUGUCGACAAAUUAACACCUCAAAUUCUUCAACAAACCAGCGAUACACUUCGCGGAUUCCUCUUCGCCGGUCACGACACAACAUCAAUUCUUCUACAAUGGGCAUUCUAUGAGCUGCACAUACAUCCCUCCGCCGCAAAGACUCUCAAGGAAGAGCUUGAUUCCGUCUUUGGUCCAAAUGCCCACCCUUCCGCCGUUGUUAAAGCGCUGCGAGGUCCGGAAGCUGGAGCUCUCUUGUACAAAUUGCCAUACACAGAUGCGCUCAUCAAGGAGACUCUACGUCUCCACCCACCUGGAACAACUGCGCGCAUCGCCCCACCCGCAUCGAACACCAUGCUUACUCUUCCCGACGGUAACACGCUCUGUAUUGACGGCUUGUGCGUAACGCCCCGUGCGUACAUCAUUCAGCGCCACCCAAAGAUCUUUGGCGACAGCCGAAACGACUUCAAGCCCGAGCGAUGGCUUGGAGAGGAAGGCAAGAAGAUCCCUGAGAGCAGUUUCAGGCCUUAUGAGCGUGGGCCGCGGCGAUGCACCGGGUCUGAACUUGCAAACCUGGAGACUAAGAUUAUUAUAGUGUGUGUGGCAAGGCACUUUGACUUUGUCAAGCAAGGACUUGGUGAGCUGGAUUUGGAUGAGAAGGGCGAGGUGCAGGUUAAUGAAAAGGGCAAGGCAAAAACCAAGGGUACUAUGUUCUCGACGCAUCAGGUCACUGCGAAGCCGGUUGAUGGUAUGGAGGUCAAGGUGCGGGUUAAGAGGACGGACGAAGUGAUGGAUUGA